AUGGGUUUCGAUUAUUACGGUAUAUUGGGCGUGAAGCGAUCUUGCAAACAACAUGAAAUAAAAGCUGCGUAUCGACGUUUAGCGCUCAAAUACAACCCGGAAAGAUACUGCGAUGAUGAAAAUAUGAAGAAAAUAUUCGCACUAAUAGCUGAAGCUUAUGAUGUUUUAGUAAACCAUAAGAAAAGAGCCAUUUAUGAUCAAUAUGGUGAAGAGGGUUUGAAGAAAGGAGUCCCCGGUCCAACAGACUAUAUCCAUCCUUAUUCAUACCACGGUGACCCUUUAAGAACCUUCCACGAAUUCUUUGGAACUUCCAACCCUUACGCCGAUCUUCUAGAUUACUACGAGAAACCACUACCAAUAUUCGAGUCACCCCUUGGUAGGGGAUACAAGGAAAAAGAUCCAACCAUUAUCCGACCUCUUUCUCUAUCACUUGAGGAAAUAUACAAAGGUGGUUUAAAGAAGAUGAAAAUUCAACGUUUAGUGUUCACGAAUGAAACAUGUUCUGAACUAAAAUUAAAAGAGAAAGUUCUUUCUAUACCAAUCAAACCAGGGAUGUACCCUCAUACUGAGAUUAAGUUCAAAGAAGAAGGUGAUCAAGGUCCUACUAGAAUACCAGCUGAUGUGAUAUUCCUUACAGAAGACCGUCCACAUGAAACGUACAUUAGAUCAGGAUUAAGCGAUUUACUAACGGUUCGUACUAUAUCAUUAAAGGAAGCGUUAUGUGGCGUUACGUUCACAUUAAUGACGUUGGAUUCACGAGUUUUGCGCGUCAAAAUAACGGAUGUUAUAACACCUACUUACGAAAAGAUAAUCGAAGAUGAAGGACUACCGUUACCGGCUUGCCCGACUAAAGCUAGAGGUAAUUUAAUAAUACGUUUCCAAAUUACGUUCCCGGAUUAUAUAUCGAAUAGAAGUAAAAAGGCAUUUGAAGAAGCUUUCAAAAUAAAAGAUGAAGAUGAUGAGAAAUUUGAGAAAAUGGAAUGUGGCGCCUUUAAUGCGACUAUGACGUGAAAUGAAAUUUUGAUAUUUUGAGUUACCUCAAUGUUUUACUCUUGAUGUUAUUUAGCUACUAUGAUUUAUAUUUGUUUACAUUUUGAUUAAUAUAGA